AUGAGAAAACGUAUCAAUAUGGAAAGUGAUGCUGACUUUUUCAAUUCCUUUGCCACAUCCUCCUCCUCCUCCUCCUCCACUUCCACUUCCACUUCCUCCACCACCACAACCCCUUCAAUCGUCAUUGAAACCAACAUUUCUAGCACCACAUCAUCAUCAUCGUCGUCAUCAUCCUCAACCUCACACUCACACUCAGAUUCAUGCACCAAAGCACACUCCAAAACCCCUCAAAAUGACUCAACCACUUCUCAAACCUCGUUGGAAAAUGAGAAGGACUCAAAAGGGUGCAAGAAGAGGCAGAGGGAGAAUCCUAGCAACCAGAACUACCCUACUUAUAGGGGUGUGAGGAUGAGGAAUUGGGGCAAAUGGGUGUCUGAAAUCCGUGAGCCAAGGAAGAAGUCAAGAAUUUGGCUUGGAACAUACCCUACAGCAGAAAUGGCUGCUAGAGCACAUGAUGUGGCUGCCUUAGCCAUCAAGGGCCACUCAGCAUACCUCAAUUUCCCUGAAUUGGCUCAAGAACUUCCAAGGCCAGCUACCACAUCACCUAAGGACAUUCAAGCUGCAGCUGCAAAAGCAGCAAACACACCCUUUGACUUGGCUAAGUAUUGCCAAAGUAUUGAAGAAGAUGAAGAAGAAGAAGAACCAAGCCAAGCAGAACAUGCCUCAUCUUCAACUCUCUCAAUGGACAACAACACACAAGACUCUUCAAGCUCUCACUCUACCAAUGAAGAUGAAACUUUCUUUGACCUACCAGAUCUUUUUCCUGAUGGACUCUGCUCCUAUUCUUCUUCCUGGCAUUUGUGUGCAGUGGAUAGUGGCUUUAGGCUUGAGGAGUCAUUUUUUUGGGAGAAUUAUUAG